AUGGUGGAUAUGGAUAGGAACGACCCGGAGCUCCGGUACCUGUCGGUCGAUCGGAACAGUUUCAACGACCCCGCGACGCAGGCCGAGUGGACUCAGAAGAGACUAGUGUGGGUGCCCCACGAGACGCAUGGCUUCGUGGCCGCCGGUAUCAAGGGCGAGCGGAGGGAUGAAGUGGAAGUGGAGAUCGCGGAGUCCGGGAAGCGGAUGUUGGUGCCCAUCGACGACAUCCAAAAGAUGAACCCGCCGAAGUUCGACAAAGUUGAGGACAUGGCGGAGCUGACCUGCUUAAAUGAAGCCUCCGUUCUACACAACAUCAAAGACAGAUACUACUCCGGACUCAUAUAUGUGAGGCGCGCCUUCGGCCGAAUCGGCCGCGGCGUUCGUCGACCCCGUCGGAGUGGAGGGGGAGGGGGGCUCCUGGGGCUCCGGGGGCCGGCCCACGCGAAUAUAUGCGCUGCGUUUAACCUCCACAAACUUACUGUCGCCCUGGUACUUUCUGUUGCAGACUAA